AUGGGUCAUCACCUCACCACCAAGCAUCAUCAAGGUUUAGCACUGAGGCUGAUGACCAUCCACCUCCAUUCCCUUGCCAGAUCCACCAUCCUGCAGGAGAGCAAAUCCCUGCUGAAGAGCCAGACUGUGUCAGACCAGGCAGUGGCAGAAGCCCUGUGUGCCAUCAUGCUCCUGGAGGACAGCUCUCCACGCCAGGCCCUCACCGACUUCCUUCUGGCCAGGAAGCUGGCCAUUCAGCAGCUUCUCAACCAGCCACACCACGGUGCAGGUAUCAAAGCCCAGGUGUGUUCACUGAUGGAGCUGCUCACCACUACCCUGUACCAGGCUCAUGCUCUCUUUUACACCAUGCCUGAAGGGACACCACCAGAUCCAGCCCUGCCCUGUGGCUUGCUUUUCUCAACCCUGGAGAGCACCACAGGCCAGCACGCAGCCGGGAGAGGUGGGGUUCUGGAGGAAGAGGUGAAGCUGAGCAGCUGGUUCAAGUACCUCCCAGAGUCUGUGGUGGAGUUCCAGCCAGCCCUGCGGACCCUGGCACACCCCAUCAGCCAGGACUACCUCAGAGACACGCUGCAGAAGUGGAUCACCAUGUGCAGUGAUGACAUCAGGGCCGGGGUCAGCAACCUGCUCGUCUACGUGAAGAGCAUGAAAGGGCUGGCGGGGAUCCGUGACGCGGUGUGGGAGCUGCUGACCAGUGAGUCCAUCAGCCAGAACUGGGAGGCCGUGUGCCAACGCCUGUUGGACAAACCUGCUUCCUUCUGGGAGGACCUGCUGCAGAAACUCUUCCUGGACAGGUUAGAGACACUGACCAAAGAAGGGUUUGACUCCAUCUCAAGCAGCUCCAAACAGCUUCUCACCUUAGCCUUGCAGGAACUUGAAGUAAAAUCUAACACCUCUGCCCUGAGCAAGCACAUCCAGUUUGAACACAACGUAGCCCUGUUCCUGUGGUCGGAGAGCUCCAGUGAUCUGCCUUCCGACGCCGCUUGGGUCAACGUGGCAAACCGUGGCCACUUCACCAAGAGUGGCUUGUCCAUGAAGGCCCAGGCCCUCACACCGUGCGUGCAGAGCUUCUGCUCAGCUCUGGACUCAAAGCUGAAGGCCAGGUUGGAUGAUCUCCUGUCCUACCUUCCUGCAGACUCCUCAGCCACCAAGGAGGCUGCUCCUGUGGUGCAGCCACCACGCUCUGCCUUUGACCGCUACGCCGACGCCGGGACGGUGGAGGGGCUGCUCCGCGACCACUGCGUCGCCUGCAUCCACCAUGUGCUGAGCUGUGUGCGUGAAGAGCUCCAGAGUGCCCAGAGCCUGCUGGGGGGGCAGGUGGAUGUUCCCAGUGAUGCCAGACUCAAUGCUGUCCUCUUCAUGGCAAGACUCUGCCAGUCCCUGACCGAGCUCUGCCCUCACCUCAAGCAGUGUAUCCUGGGCCGGUCGGGCAGCGCGGAGACGGUGCUGAAGGAAACUCGUUCCACCAAGAAGCUGGGGAAGGGGAAAGCCCAGGAAGUGACACCCACACAGGCCAAGUGGCAAGGGGUGAAGGCAGAGCUCCUGCAGCAGAGCCUGUUUGCUUACCAGAUCUGGAGCUCGGCUGUCACCAAAGGUUUGGUUCAGUGCUUUACCCGCACGUUGCUGCUCGAUACAGCUGGCUCUGUCUUGGCCACAGCCACCAACUGGGAUGAAAUUGAAAUUCAGGAGGAGACAGAGUCUGGAAACAGCGUGACAUCAAAGAUCCGGCUGCCUGUGCAGCCAUCCUGGUACGUCCAGUGCCUCCUCUUCAGUCUGUGCCAGGAGGUGAACCGGGUCGGUGGUCACACCCUUCCAAAAGUCACCUUGCAGGAGUUGCUGAGGAUGUGCAUGGCAGAAGUGCUUGCUGCCUAUGAAACACUCGUGGAAGAGAAGCAGGAGAAGAAAGCAGGCGCCUUCCCCAUGACCCAGAACAGAGCUCUGCAGUUACUCUACGACCUGCGGUACCUGAGUAUCAUCUUGACGGCAAAGAGUGAGGAAGCAAAAAGCAGCAGGAUCAAGCAUGACUCCAGGAUGGAGAAGGUGACAGACUUCCUGGAAGGACACAUCGAUCCCUUUGACUUGGACGUUUUUACUCCACACUUGAACAGCAACCUCAAUCGCCUGGUUCAGCGAACCUCCGUUCUUUUUGGCUUGCUGACUGGGACAGAGAACCAGUACACGAGCAGGAGUGGGGCUCUGAGCUCCCAGGAGCUCCACAACAUCUUGCCGUUAGCAUCCAGCCAGAUCAGAUUUGGGCUUUUGCCACUGAGUAUGUCGAGCUCACGGAAGAGCAAGUCUGCUACCAGGAGUACAGAAAGAGUUCAGGUUCUACCUCCUGCGCUCACAAGAGCAGAAGACGAGGCCUCGCGCCCCGGCUCUUUGUUCAGGCAGCUGGUAAGCGAGGAGGAAGACACAGCUGCACCUUCUCUCUUCAAGCUGGGAUGGCUUUCGGGCAUGACCAAGUGAUGCAAUAAAAGAAAUACAAAGUUUGUCUGUG